AUGUUGAAUAUUAGUUCUUUUCUCAGAACUGUAUGGAGUACUGUUAUUUCUUUUAAAAUACUACUCCCCUUUUUUCGAACUGCAUCAAAUAUUGUUGCCUCUUUUUCUUCCCCUGCAAAUCCUAGUCCCUUUCCUAGAACACUAUCUCGUAUUGUUGUUACCCCUUUUACAUCCCCUGCGAAUCAUAGUCCAUUUCCCGAACACUAUCCAACACUUUCCCUGGGCACUGUCGAGUACUAUAGUCUCUUUUUUCAUCAACUGCGAAUCUUAGUCCAUUUCCCCGAGCACAUCGAGUAUUGCUGCGUUUUUUCAUCAAUUGAGAAUCCUAGCCCCUCUCUUUGUUCACUAAUGUCUAUUGUUGCCUCUUUUUUAUUUGCUGUUAAUUCUAUUCCCUUUAUUCGUACACUAAUGAAUACUCUCUCUGUUUAUCUAUCUAUCUAUCUAGCUAGCUACCAAGUUAGCUGGAUAUCUACGUUUCAGACUCAGUCUUAUCUAUCUAUCUAUCUAUCUAUCUAUCUAUGUCUCAGUCUUAUCUAUCUAUCUAUCUAUCUAUCUAUAUAUCUAUCUAUGUUUCUGUCUCAGCCUUGUCUAUCUAUCUAUCUAUCUAUCUAUCUAUCUAUCUAUCUAUCUAUCUAUCUAUCUAUCUUUCUUUUCACGUGUAGCUAA